AUGAGUGGGCGUGGCCUGGCGGCGGAGGGGAGCUGGGCCAGCGGCGGUGGCGGUGGGAAUGGUGUUGUUAAGAUGGCGGCGCUGCAGGAGGAGCGGAGUUACGGACUGUCCUGCGGAAGGGUCGGCGGACGGGUGUCUGUCUACCAUGUCAAGCUCACUGACAGCGCCAUGCGAGCCUUUGAGAGCUACCAGAGCAGCCAGGCCACCAUAAGUCUUAAGCCAGCCGUCCGUUUUCAAGGUAGCCAAGGGCAAAUCACGAUUCCUCGGCCGGACUGCCCGACAGAAGUACGAACGUUCACAUUCUACCUUUCCAAUGUAGGCAGGGACAGUCCCCAAGGGAGCUUUGACUGCAUUCAACAAUACGUUCAAAGCAAUGGAAACGUCAAGCUGGACUGUCUGGGCAGCAUCCAAGAUAAAAUCACUAUAUGUGCUACAGACGAUUCCUAUCAGAAGGCGCGGCAAAGCAUGGCGCAGGCUGAAGAGGAGAACAAAAGCAGAAGUGCCAUAGUUAUUAAAAUGGGUGGCAGAUACGGAGGUAAGAAAGUCCAGGUCCGGAGACCGGCUCCUGGAGUCCCAGACGCUGUUCCCUCGCGGAAGCGGCCUACUCCGGUAAACAUUGCUGGGGCAAUAAAGAAGAGCUCCUCGGCCAUAGCUCAGAGACCGUUCAGAGACCGGGUGAUACACUUACUGGCCCUCAAACCGUACAAGAAACCAGAGCUCAUCCUGCGCCUCCAGAAGGACGGAGUGACUGUACAAGACAAGGACUCACUGGACGGCCUCCUGCAACAGGUGGCAAAUCUGGGUGCCAAAGACUGCACAUAUACCUUGAAAGACUGUAUAUACAAGGAAGUGCAGAAGGAUUGGCCUGGCUACUCUGAGGGAGACCAGCAGCUGCUAAAAAGAAUACUUGUCCGGAAGCUCUGCCAGCCACAGAAUAUGGGGGUACCACCUGGGACCACUGCUCCUCUGAGCCCUUCCAAAGACAAUGUGAAUUCCUCCUCCCCCGUCGCUCCGAAACGACCCACACAGAAUCCAGAAUUUAUUGAUCCAUUAAAUAACAAGAAACCUCGGAUAUCCCAUUUUACCCAUCGACCCCAGCCUGCUAUUAAUGGAAAGCUAAAUUCCUCCAAUGGGAAGGAUUCACUCUCUACACAGCCGUUUUCAUCUGACCCAGUCAGUUCCAGCUCCCACCUACCAGCAUCUCUCGACCCCCUUUCUGAUUCCAGCACUGAAACCCAGCAUAGAGACUGUGUGAGCCAAGAGGCCUCUGAGAGGCUUGGCCACUCACCUCAGACAGACUGUGCUGCUGAGGUCAGACAAAACUGUAACUCCCCUCAUGGGAAACCCAAAAAGAAAUCUAAAAGGCAAAAAGAGAGAGAGCGCGUUAAGGACAAGAUUACAGAGGAGAAGCAAAACAAAUCUGUCUUAAUUGGCAGUACUCCACAGGAUGUUAUAGAUUUAAAUGGUGCGUGUGGUAAUUCCAGUGUCCCAACAUCCACGUCGGAAAUGCCAGACUAUGUAUUGAAAUACUCUGCAAUCUCAUCUCAGGAGCAGCGUCAAAUUUACAAGAAUGACUUCAAUGCAGAGUACAAUGUAUACAGAGACUUGCAUUCUAGGAUAGAACGGAUAACUCGCAGGUUUACACAGCUUGAUGCAAAGAUUAAACAGCUCUGUCAGGGCACAGAGGAAUACAAGACUAUCCAUGAUGAGAUCUUACAAGAAUACCACAACAUUAAAAAAACAAAUCCAAACUACAGUGAAGAGAAAAAUAAAUGUGAAUAUCUCCACCACAAACUGGCACACAUAAAAAAACUGAUCUCACAAUAUGACCAGCAGCAGUUUCAGUUGUGGCAUUAAUGUGUUGGCCAGGUAGCACAAUCCUUGCACCUGGGUGGAUAACUGUAUUUUGCCACUUUCUUCUUCUACCGAUAAUAAAACCUUCUAUUAUAUUUUCCUAAAGAAAAAAUACAAGCACUGUUUAAAGUACUUACCGUUAAGAGGAAGAGGGGAGAGCCUUUCCCAUUGUUACUUUCACUCACAAAACAUUUUCCCCAGCACCAUAUUUUUUAAUUUUUUUUUUUUUUUACAGCGCAGUUGAAUUAAUAAAAAAAAUAAAAAAAAUAUUUGACCUCUCCUCCCCCCCCGUGAACUUUUAAAAGGAAGAAAAAAACGGAACCUUUGAAAAUGCCAAAAGCGGAUAAUUUUCUUUUUAUUUUAUGGAUUAU